AGGGAAUCUGGGAUAACAUUUCCAGGCCACACAUGUGUGACAAGUUUCCGCCGCAAUCCACCCAAUCGUCCCCGGCGCCGGCGCCGCCAGCGGAAAUCGAGUCAUGGCGACUCCAGCAACCUCCUCCAGUGCUUGAGCGCCGUCCCCUACCUCCUCCUCCUCCCACGGAGUCGAGCCCCCAUCAGCCGAGUGCCGCCCCCGACCUGCUUCAGCCGCCGGAUUUGACCCUCACCGCUUCCGGCCUUGCAGCUUCUAAUGGCGGAUCCGGUGACUGCUGCUGCUGCCAUAGGAUGGGGCCUGAAAGCCGUAGGCUGGGUAGCCUCGCCGGCCAUCUCCGACCUUUUCAAGAAAUGCUCCUGCUUCCUCGGCUUCAACGCAUCGGAGAAGCUAAGAAAACUUGAGCCCAAGAUUUUACUGCUGGAGCGGGUGAUGGAGAUGGUGGCGGAGAGCCCUCACAGGGUUCGUCUCCAGCAGCUGUUCGAGGACCUUAAGUCUGCUUUCUACGAAGCUGAAGACAUCUGGGACGAUGUUGAGUAUCAUCGCCUCGAGAAGCAGGUCCAAAAUUACGAGCUCAACUCAGACGGGCCUCCAAGUACCAUGGAUUUGCUGAAGCAGAAGGUCCAGUCCCUGGCCGUCUCCCCCCUAACAAAUAAGGAGACUGGUAUGUCUAAAAGGCAAUUAAAGCGGAGCCUAGAGAAAAUAGAAAAGGUUAUAAAUGAAGCAUACCAAAUUUUGGAAUGGCUGAACUUGCCCACCGUAAAUAAGGGCGGUGAGAGGCAACCUAUUGCAGCCAAUGCAUGUACCACUGGAACUUCCCCAGUAAAGGUAAUUGGUCGAGAUGAGGAGUGUGACAACAUCAUAGAAAUGCUGCAUGAGAAGGCAGGUCACGGUCAGACAAACAUGAAUAGCAGUCUAUGUUAUUCUGUUGUUGGAAUUCAUGGCAUAGCUGGUUCUGGGAAAUCAACCCUUGCACAGUUUGUUUAUGCCCAGGAAGAAAAGGACAAGCUAGCUGAAAAAGAUGGCCAUUUUGACAUUCUAUUAUGGGUUUAUCUCUCUCAAAAAUAUAGCAUCGAGGCCAUUUACAGGCAAAUGUUUGAGGCGAUUGAAGGAUAUGAUUGUGAACUUAAUAGUCUUGAUAGGCUACAAAGAGAACUGAAGGAUAAGCUGAGUGGCAAAAGGUUUUUCUUGGUACUAGAUGAUGUCUGGUGCAACAAGGAUGUUGGCGAGCAGAAUCUACCACAAUUACUUUCUCCAUUCAAGAUUGGAAAGAGAGGAAGCAAGAUCCUAGCGACAAGUCGAAAUGUAGAUGCCUUCUUUGAUCUUGGUCCUGAUGUGAGAUGUGCCACUUUUCCAAUUAGUGACUUGGAUGAUAGUAUGUUCCUUGAGCUAUUCAUGUAUUAUGCACUUGGAGAUGGGAAUGCAAACGAUGGAGUUGGGAGCACACUUUGGAAUAUUGGGGCCCACAUUGCAGAAAAGCUUAAGAGGUCACCUCUAGCAGCCAGUACAGUGGGAGGACAGCUACGUAAAAGAAAAAAUGCUGAGUUUUGGAGAAGAGCUAGAAACCAGGACUUAUUGAACGAGACGAUGGGAGCUCUAUCGUGGAGCUACCAGCAUCUUAAUGAUCAGAUUAGACAAUGCUUUGCUUACUGUAGUAUGUUCCCGAGAGGACAUCAUUUCAGACUUAAUGUGUUAGUUAAGUUGUGGGUGGCAGAAGGGUUUAUAAGAAGUAGUAAUGCUGGGAAGGAAAUGGAAGAUGUUGGUCAGGCUUACUUUGAUGAACUUGUGUCAAUCUCAUUUCUGCAAUUUGGGGGAAAGGAGUCCUGCGGUGAGGACUACUAUUUAAUGCAUGAUCUGAUGUAUGAUUUAGCAGAGAGGAUCGCUGGACACGAUUGCUUUAGAAUUGAGGAUGGAUGGACAGGAGAAAUUCCUCCAGGUGUUCGCCAUCUUUUUAUUGAUACUUAUAAUGGAGAGAAGCUUGCCAUGAAGACUUUUCAACUGGAAAAUUUACGGACUCUUCCCCAUGAUGCUUACUUUUCCCAUUGUGUCUUCUGGAAAACCUCGCUAUGUAGGUUCCAUAAGUACGAGCAAUUACUAGUUCUGCUUAUGUAG